AUGCAGUUCCUUAACGUUAUCCAGACACCAGUACUUAAGGAUACUGCACAGUGCUUAGAUCUCAUUCGCCUUGCUAUUACUAAAAGGAUGUCACUGCCGUGCGCUAUAGCCCGGAGUAGCCGCAAGUUACUACUAACUCAAGGACUUCGCUACGUAUCAAAUGCACCUCCGCUAUAUGAAUCUGGAAGUAGACGAACCGAGUCGACUUUCCGGGCUACCACAGCUGCUCCGCUAUCCUACGCAGAAUACCGUAGCGCACCUUGGCAAACAGAUGUGACUCCAUUCAGUUUUCCACCUCAAUUUGAUGUUGUCGUUAUUGGUGGUGGUAUUGUUGGCAGUGCAACAGCUCGACAACUUCAGAUGGAAUACCCUCAUUUUAAGAUAUGUAUGGUUGAGAAGGAAAAUAGAUUAGCUCCUCAUCAAAGUGGCAACAACAGUGGUGUCGUCCAUGCAGGAAUCUACUAUAAGCCUGGAAGUCUAAAGGCUAAGCUUUGUGUUGAAGGUAUGGAUCUUGCGUACAAGUUUUUCGAAGAAAAUAACUUCCCACACAAGAAAAUUGGUAAACUAAUAGUGGCGGUAGAACCAGAAGAGAUACCAAGACUUGAUGAUCUUUUUGAAAGAGCGACAAAGAAUGGGUGUAAGGAUAUUAAGAUGAUUAAUGGAUCGGAGAUCAAGGAAUACGAACCACACUGCAGGGGUCUCAAAGCUCUUUGGUCACCACAUACUGGAAUUGUGGAUUGGGGUGAAGUGUCCAAAGCAUUUGCGGCAGAUUUCGAGAAAAAGGGAGGGACCGUGUAUAUAAACUAUCCAGUAAAAGAUAUUUCUCAAUCGUCAAAUCCAAUGUUUCCAAUUACCGUCCGUUCAGACUGGAGAAGUUCAGUACUAUUGACCAAAUAUCUGGUAAGCUGUGCCGGUCUACAUUCUGAUCGUGUAGCGCAGUUGUCUGGAUGCGCCCCCUCUCCAAAGAUAGUUCCUUUCCGAGGAGAGUACUUACUACUGAAACCGGACAAACGAAAGUUGGUCAGGACUAACGUGUAUCCGGUCCCUGAUCCUCGGUUCCCAUUUCUUGGAGUCCAUUUGACUCCAAGAAUGAACGGAGAUAUAUGGUUAGGUCCGAACGCUGUGCUAGCAUAUAAACGAGAAGGCUAUAGCUACUUUUCGAUUUCUCCGACGGAUCUAUUUGAGUCCUUGACGUUCAGUGGUACGCGAAAACUAGUCGGCAAGUACUUCACUUUCGGAAUGAAAGAAUUGUACCGUGGAAUAUUUAUUAGCGCUCAAGUAAAACAACUUCAACGAUUCAUCCCGGAACUGAGACGCAGCGAUGUCAUGAGAGGGCCGUCAGGUGUGCGAGCACAAGCAAUGGAUGCGGAAGGCAAUCUAGUAGACGACUUCGUUUUUGACAGCGGAACUGGACCACUGUCAAAAAGGGUACUUCAUAUUCGAAACGCACCAUCCCCUGGAGCAACGUCAAGUUUGGCCAUCGCAAAAAUGAUUGCGAAGGAAGUGAAGUCGAGAUUCUCGUUGUAA